UUCUCUCUGUGUCUCUGCUGGCUGCUGGAAGUAAUACACGCGAGCCGAGCGGAUCAGUGUCCCGACUCCGUACCGAACCGAACCCGAAGCCGAGCGCUCUUCUCGGGCUUCCUGGAGUGGAAGAUGGCGGAUCUGAGCGCAGUUCGACAGGAACUUAGAAACAGAAAUCUGAGCAGUUCUUUCGGGGAGCCUCCGUGUACGUCAUCGCAAAAAGAAGAGCAACAGAAACUGGCUGUGCCGUUCUGCGGCGGCAUCCGGGGAGGAAUGAGGCCAGGGAAGAAAAUCACCAUCAUGGGCGUCAUGAACGCAGAUCCGGACAGUUUUGACAUCAGUCUGACAUGCGGCUGCGGGGACGUCGCCCUGGAUAUGUGCGUACAGUUCGAAGACCGGGAGAUUCUGCGAAACGCCUGCGUUUCUGAUAGCUGGGGUGAGGAGGAGAGGUCAAUACCCUACUUCCCCUUCAUCGCAGAGCAGCCUUUCAGGGUUGAGAUCCACUGUGAGCACUCACGCUUCCGUGUGCUGGUGGACGGCCAUCAGCUCUUUGACUUCUACCACCGCGUGACGCCGCUGACGGCCAUCGACACCAUCCAGAUCAGCGGCGGUCUGACCAUCACCAAGCUGAACUGACCUCUGCGGCGUCACAUGAGAGCAGCUUCACCACCACCCAUCCGUUCUGAGCAUUAAAGACUGUGUGUGACACUGCUUCUGAAUCAUCCACAACUGAUGAAGUCAACGUGAAACUGCAUUUAUAUUACAGCUAUAAUGAGGUAUUUAUUUUUAUUCGCUGAAGCAUUUUUAGCAGAAGUCAAUAUGAAACACCAUUUGCAACCAAUUUAUUUUGUUUUUUGAGUGCAACAGGAUAUUAAAAUAGAAAAAACAUAGGGUGGGGUUGAUUUUCUUCCAUUAGGAUAAAUAACUAUGUGGCUGUUAAUAGAAUAUAUUAAGUGACAUAUUUUUGUAGUCCAACCAAUAAGUUUGCAUCAUCCUAGUCCUUUGACUUAAACCCAAUAGGAUUUUUCCACUGGCUUUUGAAUUAUUGGAGAAAAUAUGCUCUGUGACCUGCAAAAGUUUAUGAAUUUUGACAUUACCAUCACUAAGAUUCAUACAGGUCUUUCAGUCUUUAUUUAAAAAAAUCUUCCACAAAAGUUUGAGUUUGAAUAGUUAACACAAUGCGGCUGUGAAAGUGACCAGUGAGUAGAUGAGUUACCUUGAUGACAUUUGAAGUCCCUGACUGACUUUGUAGCCCACUGAGCCACUUGUUAGCAACCGCAUUAAAACCUGAAAAUAUCCUGAGCUUCUGUUCAACACAGACCUUAUUUUAGGCAUUUAAACAAAAACCCAUUCAAAAACCAUAUUAAAACAUUGACUUCAGGACAAUGGAACCUAAUGAGCCAACGGAAAUGAAC